AUGAGAGCCUAUAAGUUAUUCACAUAUUUAUUUGUGUUGCUAUCAACACGAAUACUCUUUGUUCAAGCUGCCGAUGAAUCGAGCAGUGCAGCUCCUCCGACAAGUUUGUCUAUACAGACAGUUACCACCGAUCUGGCUGUAGAGACAUCUGUAUCCAGUGUGUGUGGGUAUGAGUCAAGUGUCGGCACUUUGAAUGGUCACGUCUAUGCUUACAGAUACGUAAUUGAAGCGGAAAAUUAUCAAUCGUUCUUGGUCACAUACAGACAGUAUACCAUCACUUGGUUUUUCACGUUUGCUGAAGAUAUCGACGCUACUAGUUUCAGUGCUUAUUACAGUGGUAUACAUCUUGACGAUUUGAGUGGUGUUGUUAACAUCGAAAAGGGCCAAUUGAUGUUGACUUAUACCGCCACAUUCCCAUACCUCACACUUUGGCUUUCUGUGACCAACUACUGUAUCUUUGAGUAUGUGUCUUGGGCCUGGACCUUAUCCGAUGAGGAGAUUCUCAACUUCUACAGUGGUGAUUUGGGAUCCGGUAUUGUAAACAUUCUUGACCAACUGGCCUGUGGAGUUGUGACUUUGGCUGACUGUCCCAUUUACUCAACAUCUAUGGAUUACAAUUGUGUAGAUCUCGCAACAGUUCAGACGUGCAAUUCUGAAUACAAUCUUGACGAUGAGUUUUCUUAUGCAGAAUUCGACUUGUUGUCCAGUGCUGCGGAUAGCGAAUCAUCAUCCGCCUCGGCGGACAGUUCUAGCGACCGCGAAUCGUCUAGUGUUGAAGACUCAGCAGCCGCCAGCUCAUUUGACGAUGGUGUUUACACCACCACUUACACAGAUGA